UGGCCUAAGGCCGCCAUGAUGCGGGAGCGGCGGGAGGAGGAGGGGGCGGCGGCAGCGGUGGAGGCCGAAGAGGCGGCGGACGAGGAGGAGGAGGAGGAGGAGGAUGAUGAUGGGGAGGAGGAGGAGGAGGGCGCACGGGGCGCGCUGGGCAAGAGCGCGGAGGAGCUGCGGACCGAGGACGUGUACGACAUUUCGUACGCGCUGGGCCGCGAGCUGCAGGCGUUGGGCGGGGACCCGGCGCGCCGCGCCCGGCUGCAGUUCCAGCUCGUGCGGGUGCUGGAGCUGCUGGAGGCGCUGGUGAGCGGCGGGAGCCGCGCGGCCGAGCAGCUGCGCCUGGAGCGGGACAGCCUGCGCAGGGAGCUGCGGGCGCUGCGGGACCGGCCCGUCCGCGACCAGCUGAGCCUGGGCCCAGACAAGAUGAUAAUAGAUCUCACCGAUCCAAAUCGCCCACGGUUCACGUUGCAAGAGUUGGAAGAUGUGUUGCAAGAACGAAACCAGCUGAAAGCUCAGCUUCAUGUUGUGCAAGAGGAGCUUCAGUGCUAUAAGAGUGGCAUCAUUUCUCAGACAGAGGACCAGACUAGGCCAAUGGAAGAGGAAUCCACUGUCAGCAGACCAGACUCAAGCAAGGCCAGAGAGAAAACCAUCAUAAGACGGCUGUUCUUUUUUAAACAGGGAAAAUGAAUGUGAUGCACAAAUUACCCCCUUCUGCUCAAUGUUGCACUGGUUAAGGGUCCAAAAGGAGUCAAAGAAAGAAGUACUGGAAAGCAUACCAUCCACAUCAGUCCAGUGAAUGGGCCUGGUGUUACAAUUGUUUAUUUGUAUUAUUACUUUCAGAGUUUGCUGCUUUUUUUAAAAAGAGUUUC